AACAAAAAAAAAAUUGUUAAAGAGCUCUCUCUCUUUCAUAAAAAGGCAAGAGGAGAGCUAAGUACCAAACUUUUUCCCUCAGGGUUUUCCUCUCAAAUUCACAACUUGGCCUCUGUUUUUCUUUUUGGCUUUCUUUAUGUUCUCUUCUUCUCUAAAAACUCGUUUCCUACUUCCAAGAAUUUCUCUCAGAAAGACCAAGAACUCAAAAUGUAUCAAGAUUCUGGAUUAAUGCUCCGUUACAUGCAAAACUGUUCCCCAGAUAUUCAACAAUUCGAAGACCUCUUCAAAUCAUACAAACUCUCCGAUGAAAUGAACAACACUUUUGUUGAGUCAUCAAACAUAUCUGAGUAUCAUAUUGGAGAAGAAGGUGAUCUUUUUAAAGCUCCUGAUCCAAUUCUUGAAGAACAAAUCUUACCUGUUGAUCCACUCUCUGCUGCUUUGACUAUGAUCUCUUGUGGUGAAGACACUUCGCAAGGUCUUUGUGAGCUUCCUGAUCUUGGUUCAUUGCAGAGUGGUCAACAGCUUCUUGACAAAGCUUUUUAUGAGUGUGAGCAAGAUCUUAUGAUGAAAUCAGCUAUGGAGUCUCCAUUCUCUGAUGUUUUAGACAUCAAGAACAUCUCUGUUGUGACGACAAUCAAUGAGAACCAAGAUAUGCAGAAGAGCGUUAGCUCGGGGAAUUUGAGCUCUAUGGAUUGGUCACAUGCACAGCAAGAGACUGUAAUGAUUCAGAAUUUCCCUGAUUUCGAUUUUGGUUAUGGGAUGCGAAGAGCCUUUAGUGAAGGCGACAUACAGAAACUAAGGACAGGUCUUGUCCAUCUCAUGGAUAGGAUUAUUGUGAGCUGUACUUCAGAGGAUCGCCGUGAGAAGCUUUCUCGAUACAAGAACAAGAAGAGCAGACGAAAUUUCGGGCGUAAAAUUAAGUAUGCUUGCAGGAAAGCUCUUGCAGAUAGCCAACCUAGAGUCCGAGGAAGGUUUGCGAAAACAGAGGAGAGGAAAUAGAAUGGUUCAAAAAAAGAGCUCAAAAGGAGGAGACUAAGCAAAAGGAAGAAACUAGAAGAAGAAUAAGGAUAUAAAGCCCCAUCUCAUUGGAAACUAGUUUUGUUUUAUAAUCUAUGUAUAAAACUUUAAAAUCUUAUAAGCAUCCAAUUAGUUUUUGUAUAUAAAGGGUUUCUCUAAAUAAGCUUUUAAGAAAAGAAAUUGUAGCUAAAAAAUGUUUGUAUUAUUGUAGUGUACCGGUGGUGAGAGAUGUAGAUAUAUUCUAUAAUUCUACAUAUAUAUUUAUAAA